CCCACUUACACUUAUAGUGCAUAAUGGGCAAAAUGAAGGCACAUAUCCUUUUUGGUAGUGGGCUGGAACUUGGAAAGUUCCACACUCAUGCCCAGCUUUUUUCUUUUUCCUUCUUUCCAUUACUUCUUCCUGGUAAAAUAAUACCCUUUUGCCAGGGAAAAGCAAAGGUUAGCACCAAAAGUGAAAGUUCAGAUUUUGCAAUUUUCCUGUCAUGAAGCUCCAUCAGCUCGUUUUUCUUGUUCUUUUGUUGGCUUAUCAGGUCUAUUGCAAAACAUACAUUCACAUUGACUAUAGCCUCACAGUAGAAGUACCUAGUGAGUACAGUGUGGAAUUACUUGGAAGAGCAUUUCUGAUGGAGACAGACCAAAUGGAGCCCGAUUUUAGAGUAGCAUUGAGUGUUGAACCAGUUAAAGGAAAAUAUUCAUGCUCCUUGGAAGUCUUUCUUGGAGAUGUCAAGGUGUGGAAUUCUGGCCAUUAUUCUCAUUUUUACACUUCUGAUAAAUGUGUGCUUGCGCUGACAAAGGAUGGAGAUUUACACUUGAAAGGUUCGAAUGAUCGAAUCGGAUGGCGAACCGGGACUUCAGGACAAGGUGUGGAGAGACUACAGAUUCUGAAGACGGGCAAUUUAGUCCUUGUUGAUGCCUUGAACCGGAUAAAGUGGCAGAGUUUCAACUUUCCCACUGAUGUAAUGCUAUGGGGACAGAGACUAAAUGUGGCUACUCGCUUGACAUCUUUUCCUACCAAUUCAACAGCAUUCUAUUCUUUUGAGAUUCAGCACAACAAGAUUGCUCUCUACCUGAGUUCUGGUAAGUGGAACUAUUCUUACUGGGAAUUUCAGCCUACCAAGAACAGAAACAUCACAUUUAUUGAAUUAGGUUCAAAAGGGUUAGAAAUAUUCAAUGAUAAAUACAAGAAAAUUGCGCAGAUUUUACCAUUCGGGAUGCAAUUUCAACCCUUAAGAUUCUUAGCACUGGGGAAUAAAACAGGAAACAUGGGGCUAUAUUUUUACUCCCCGGAGAAACGAAGUUUUGAGGCUGCUUUUCAAGCACUCAAUACUACAUGUGAUCUUCCUCUAGCUUGUAGACCUUAUGGUAUCUGUACCUUGUCCAAUGCUUGCUCCUGUAUCCGACUGUUGACGGUGAAAAAAGGGGUUGGUUCAGAUUGCAAUGGGGGAUUUUCUGAAGGGUUUUGUGACAGAGAACAGCAGGAAAUGCUUGAACUAAGUGGUGUAAGUAGUGUUCUAAGGACUGCUCCUAAGAGGGUCAAUGUUAGCAAAGAAGUAUGUGAAAACUUAUGCCUAGAAGAUUGUAAAUGUGCUGCUGCAUUAUAUUCUACUGGCAAGGAUGGCACAAGCUUCAGAGAAUGCUUUACUUAUGGAUUGGUCUCAGGUGUUAAGCAGGUUGAAAGGGGAACGGGAUUGACUUACAUGGUUAAGGUUCCAAAAGGCACCCAGGUUUCCCAUGGGAAAUCAAAUGUGAAGAAAUGGGUGUUGGUCAUGGUAGGAUUGAUUGAUGCUUUCAUCAUCCUACUUGUUUUUGGAGGGCUUGGGUAUUAUUUGGUUCAGAGAAGAAGAAGAAGAAACAUGCUUGCCUCCGACAACAAUACUUAGGACUGGUUAUUCUGCCGGUGAUUCUUUUCUCAUGAGAAUUCAUGACCGAAUUUGCAAUUCUUUCUGCUUAUAGAGAGAGGGGAAGAAAAAGAAACAAUUUUGGUUGAUUUCUACAAGCUGAUAUGUUCAUAGGACAAAGUAUUUAUCUCUUUUUAACACCAUUGGUAUAGUUGAAAUCGAAUUUUCAUUUAUGCAUGGGAAA